AUGACUCUGCCCCACAGCCCUGGAAAUGGUGGGGGGCCCCAGCCCCCCCAAGUAGUGGAGGUCCACAGGCUGGAACACCGCCAGGAAGAGGAGCAGAAGGAGCAGCGGCAGCACAGUCUGCACAUGGGUUCCUCGGUGCGGAAGCGGACCUUCCGCAGCAGUGAGGAAGAGUAUCAGUUCAGCUCUGCAGACUAUGCCCUCGCAGCUGCCCUGGCUCUGACGGCCUCCUCAGAGACAUCUUGGGAGGCCCAGCUGAGGCGCCGGACCUCCACCGUGGAACUGGUGGAGCGAGGGCAGAAGCGGGUGGGCUUCGGCAACGACUUGGAGAGGCUGGAGCUUGCCUAUCUGCGGACCCAAUGGCUGCUGCGUCAGAGGCGGGACCGGAAGGCACUAAGGCAGCGGACAGAGGAGAAAGUCCGCGAGGCCAAGGAGCUGAGGGAGCUGUGUUCCGGCCGGGGGCCCUGGUUCUGGAUACCCCUUCGCUCCCACGCCGUCUGGGAGCGCGCCACAGUCCUGCUGACCUGUACUGUCCAGGCCUCGCCUCCACCCCAGGUCACCUGGUACAAAAAUGACACGCAGAUCGAUCUCCGCCUCUUCCCCGCUGGAAAGUACCGAAUCACUAACAACUAUGGGCUACUGACCCUGGAGAUUAGAAGAUGCACCAUGGAGGAUGCAGCCACCUACAGGGUGAUGGUGAAGAAUGCCUUCGGCCAGGCCUCCUCCUUCGCCAAAGUCCUUGUCCGCACUUACCUGGGGAAAGAUGCUGGCUUCGAUUCGGAGUUCUUUAAAAGACUGAUGUUUGGUCCCAGCGUGGAGUUCACAUCGGAGCUGAAGCCAGUCUUUGCCCAUGAGAAGGAGCCCUUCUCCCUGACCUGUGUAUUUUCGGAAGAUGUGUUAGAUGCUGAGCAGAACAUCCAGUGGUUCCGAGACGGGAGGCUCCUGAGGUCCUCAGAACACAGGCAGACCCUCUAUGCAGACCGGCAGGCAUCUCUGAAGGUGUCCUGCGCCUACAAGGAGGACGAGGGGCUCUACACGGUCCAGGUGUCUUCACCCUUCGGGCUCCGGGAGCAGAGUGCCUAUGUGUUUGUAAAAGAUGCUGCAGCUGAGAAGCUGGGGGCCCCAGGUUCCCCACUAAACGUCCGAUGCCUGGAUGUGAACAGAGACUGCCUCAUCCUGACCUGGACCCCACCCAGUGACACCCGGGGCAGCCCCAUCACCGGCUACUCCAUUGAGCUGUGCCAGGGCGAGUCUGAACAAUGGGUGCCCUGCCAUGAGGCCCCCGGCGGGACCUGUCGGUGCCCAAUCCAAGGCCUCAUCAAAGGUCAGAGCUAUCGAUUCCGGGUGAGAGCCCUCAACAAGGCAGGCAGCAGCGUCCCCUCCAAGGCCUCAGAGCCAGUUGUCAUGGGUGACCAUGUUGAAGCCCAGAGGAAGAUAGAGAUCCCCUUUGAUCUGGGAAACAAGAUCACGGUCAGCACAGAUGAUUUUGAAGACUUUGUGACCAUCCCUUCACCCCCGACCAAUGUCCACGCCAGUGAGAUCCGUGAAGUCUACGCAGUUCUGGGCUGGGAGGAACCAAGACCCCGGGGCAAAGCCCCACUGACAUACUCCCUGGAGAAGUCAGUCAUAGGUAGCGGCACCUGGGAGGCCAUCAGCACAGAAACUCCUGUGAAAUCCCCGAGAUUCGCCCUUUUGGAUCUGGAGAAAGGGAAGUCUUAUGUCUUCAGAGUACGAGCGAUGAACCAAUAUGGCAUGAGCGACCCCUCGGAGCCCAGCGAACCCAUCGCCUUGAGGGGGAAGCCAGCUACUCUCCCUCCUCCAGCUCAAGUUCAAGCUUUCCGAGACACACAGACCUCUGUCUCCCUGACCUGGGAUGCUGUGAAAGAAAGCCCAGAGCUCCUGGGUUAUUACAUCUACUCCCGGGAGGCAGGAUCAUCUGAGUGGCAAACCGUUAACAACAAACCCAUCCAGGACAAUAAGUUUACAGUUCCUGGGCUGAGGACGGGGAAGGAGUACGAGUUUUGCAUCAGGUCAGUCAGCGAGGCCGGGGUAGGUGAGAGCUCAGCCGCCACCGAACCCAUCAGGGUCAAGCAGGCUCUGGCUAUACCAUCUGCUCCCUAUGAUUUUAUCCUCCUAAACUGUGGGAAAAAUGAUAUGGUCAUUGGGUGGAAACCCCCCAAAUGCCGUGGAGGUGGCAAGAUCCUGGGGUACUUCCUGGACCAGCACGACUCGGAGGAGCUGGACUGGCACCCAGUCAACCAGCAGCCCAUCCCCACCCAGGUCUGCAAGGUCAGUAACCUUCGUGAAGGCCACUUCUAUGAGUUCCGUGCCCGGGCAGCAAACUGGGCAGGUGUUGGCGAGCUAUCAGCACCCAGCAGCCUGUUUGAGUGCAAAGAGUGGACGAUGCCACAACCAGGUCCCCCAUAUGACGUGCAGGCAUUCGAGGUGCGGGCCACCUCCCUGAUGCUGAAGUGGGAGCUCCCACUGUAUACAGGAGCUGGGCCAGUCACAGGCUACCUCAUCAGUUUCCGGGAGGAAGGCUCUGAGCAGUGGGAGCCAGUCACCCCAGGCCCUGUCUCUGGCACCCACCUGAGGAUUUCGGACUUGCAGCCGGGGAAGAGCUAUGUGUUCCAGGUGCAGGCCGUGAAUUCAGCUGGUCUGGGGCAACCGUCCAUGCCCACUGACCCCAUACUCCUGGAGGACAAGCCAGAUGCCCCGGAGAUCCAGGUUGGUGUGGAUGAAGACGGCUUUAUCUACUUGGCUUUCGAAGCCCCUGAGGCCCCUGACUCCUCAGAGUUUCAGUGGUCCAAGGACUACAAGGGCCCGCUGGACCCCCAGAGGGUCAGGAUCAAGGAGGAAGUUAACAAGUCCAAGGUCAUCCUGAAAGAACCUGGUCUCGAGGAUUUGGGCACCUACUCAGUGGUGGUCACCGAUGCGGAUGAAGACAUCUCAGCGAGCCACACGCUGACCGAGGAAGAGCUGGACAAGCUGAAGAAGUUAAGCCAUGAGGUCAGAAACCCAGUGAUCAAGCUGAUCUCCGGCUGGAACGUUGACAUCCUCGAUCGAGGAGAGGUGCGGCUUUGGCUGGAAGUGGAAAAGUUAUCUCCUGCCGCUGAGCUGCAUCUCAUCUUCAACGACAAGGAGAUCUUCAGCUCACCGAACCGCAAAAUCAAUUUUGAACGAGAGAAGGGCCUGGUGGAAGUGAUCAUCGAGACCUUGGCUGAGGAGGACAAAGGGUCGUACACUGCUCAGCUCCAAGACGGGAAAGCCAAAAACCAGAUCACCCUGGCGCUGGUGGAUGACGAUUUUGACAAACUUCUGAGGAAGGCGGAUGCUAAGAGAAGAGACUGGAAGAGGAAACAGGGUCCCUAUUUCGAGGAGCUCUUGCAGUGGAAGGUCACGGAGGACUGCCAAGUGCUGCUGACGUGCAAGGUGACCAACACAAAGAAGGAAACAUGUUUCCAGUGGUUCUUCCAGAAGAAAGAGAUACCAGAUGGUCAGUAUGACUCGCAGACUGGAGCAGGGCUUUUCUGCAUCGAAGAGCUGUCCAAAGAGGACAUGGGAACUUAUAGAGCAGUGGUUUCUGAUGACCGUGGGUUGGAUGACACCAUACUGGACCUCACAGGAGAAGCCCUGGAUGCCGUCUUCAAUGAGCUGGGCAAGAUUGGCGCCCUCUCUGCGACCCCAUUGAAAAUCCAAGGGACUGAAGAGGGCAUCCGGAUCUUCAGCAAGGUCAAGUACUACAAUGUGGAGUACAUGAAAACCACCUGGUUCCACAAAGAGAAACGCCUGGAGAGCAGUGAUCGAGUGAGGGCUGGCACCACCCUGGAUGAGAUCUGGCUCCACAUCUUGGAUCCCAAAGACUCAGACAAGGGCCGGUACACCCUGGAGAUAGCUGCCGGGAAGGAAGUCCGGCAGCUCUCAGCCGAUCUCUCCGGGCAAGCUUUUGACGACGCCAUGGCUGAGCACCAGAGACUGAAAGCCUUGGCCAUCAUCGAGAAGAAUCGUGCCAAAGUGGUGAGGGGCCUGCCAGACGUGGCCACAAUCAUGGAAGAUAAGUCCCUGUGCCUCACCUGCAUCAUCUCAGGAGACCCCACCCCUGAAAUCUUCUGGCUGAAGAAUGACCAGCCUGUCACCUUCCUUGACCGCUAUCACAUGGAGGUGAGGGGGUCAGAGGUCACUAUCACCAUCGACAAGGUCAACAGUGAGGACAGCGGGCGCUAUGGAGUCUUUGUCAAGAACAAGUAUGGCUCCGAGACGGGCCAGGUCACUAUCAGCGUGUUCAAGCACGGGGAGGAGCCCAAGGUGCUGCAGAUGUGAUGGGCAUGUUUAGGCACAGCCUGAGGUCUAGUCUGCAUGGACCAGUAGGGUCAACCAGUGGAUCACAGGCCCAGGAGGCAGGGCAGGGGGGAAGGGACAGGGUAGAACUUGGGACACAGGGGUGGGAUGGAGUGGACAUGCCAAAGUGGAACAGCAAAGACCUUGCUGGGGUCUCGAGAGCCCUCGGGAUGGUGGGAUCAGCACGGGACUUGGAAUGGGAGACCCAGGUACAAGACCCAGUUUCGGUUCUACACUCUCCUUUCUUUCUUAUCUAUCAAAUUCCUACUCGUAGGGAUUGUUUAUGAAAACCCUUUAUAAACCAUAUACCAGUGGUUCUCAACAGCAGGCAAUUUUGUCCCCCAUGGGACAUUUGGCAAUCUAAAUUUUGGGUUAUCACAACUGGCGGUGUCUCCUGGCAUCUAGUAGGUAGAGGCCAGGGUUCCUGCUAAACACCACAGCUCCCCACCACGAAAUAUCCAACCCAAAUGUCAAUAGUGCCGAGAUUGGUUAGCCCUACCAUAAACUGGUAUAUCACAACAUCCCUCUCUCAGGAUAUUGUAUUAUCCAUUCAUGUAAGUUCAACAAACAUUCAUUGGAAGUCGAGCAUGGGCCAGGCUGAGGAUGGCAUUGGGAGCACACAGAUAAAUAAUAUGCAGUCCCACCCUCGAGGAGGCCGCAGCCCAUUGGGAGAGUCAAACCAGGGUGCAAAUGACUCCAGGGCAAGGCAGAUGACAAGGAUUAUAACACAGGUCCCAAUAAGGUGCCACUAGUGGUCAGAGGAGAGCAACAGAUGUUUGUCCCAAUUGGGGAAAGUGGGCUUUGAAACACCUUCACAGAACUUGCAGAGUUGGUGUUGGAGCAUGAAAAAUGAUUUUGAUUUGGCGAUGGUUAUAGGAGGAGAACAUUUCAGGGGUGGGGCAUUGUGAGAGCCAAGGUGAGGAGGUGCAGUGACACUGCCUUGGUGGCCUUGGUGGCUUUGGAUGAGAGUUGGAUGACUUUCAGGACUUCUCCCAGCUCAGGGCCUCUGCCUUGUGUGUCAGAUACAGGCUGGCCUUGCUUGAUGGGCCUCAAUUAGGAGCUGGGCAUUUCACCACCCUCCAAUUUCCUUCUAUUUAAAAAUAAGAUUUGCAGUAGGGGUGGGGGCUUAUAAAGCUAUAGAUGUUUGUUGUAAAAUUUUGGAAACCCCUGAAAAUGAUAAAGGAGAAAAUAAAAAUCACCUACUCAUAUACUUUCAA